CUGAAGUUCCUUGAAGAUAUUUCAUGAUGUUCUGUUGCUACAGUUUAGAUUUGCCAAAGGCUAUAGUGCCUCACAAAGUUGAUCUUUUUACUCUGGGAAUGGGACAAGUUAGGCGCGCUGUGUGCGGGAUGACUGCUUGACACUUGUGGCUCUACUUUCGAUAGAUUCAUACAGGAUGAUGCUACCAUCUGUUUCUGAACUUUCAGUGGUCCCUUGUUUGUGAAGUUUUUUGAAAUCCUCUGGUAGAUCUAGCGUGUCAUAUACUGGAAGAUAUACUUGAUGGACUCACAUAGCAAGGAGAUUUUCUGAUUGCUCUCAACAUUGAAGUCUCAGAAUUAUAUCUGAUAAGCAAAUUGGAACAACCCUGAUUAUCAGCAGAUACUUUCAAAAAUGUUCUUCUUUGAACCCUUUCUUAUGUAUUCAUUCAUUUACACUAGGCACGACUCCAUUUCCUGUUGUUUACGCUGAGCUAAUAUUUCAUGCCCCAAGAGAGCAGUAUUUGCUUUUAUCUAUAAACCUCAAAGCUUCCUUUUGAGCUUUAUGGGGGGUGUUUAAUAGUUGUGAGGUAUAAGUUUUACUUUGUCUUGUUUCUUUAUCUCACCAAAUCUUGCAUCGUUUAGUCUGCUGCGAUUUCUUCACUUCCUGCAAUCCCUGCUCUCUGGCAGGAUUGCAUGAACAGUGUUUCAUCAAGAAUCAGUGUAGUCUUAUAAAUUCUUACAAGAACUGUAGAAAGACAAAAAAUUGAUAUUUGGUUUAUGGAAGAUCUACUGUUCUUCAUUCCAAAUACUUUCAAACAAGAACAAACUUCCUAAAGGAGUGAUCUUCCAAAGAAGAAGACAAGAAACAAGACUUCCUGCAUUCCCCAGGUGUGCCAAAAUGUCAGAAAGAUCAGAUAUUCUUCACUUCAAAUUUGACAAUUAUGGGGAUUCGAUGUUACAGAAAAUGAACAAACUAAGGGAAGAAAACAAAUUUUGUGAUGUCGUGGUCCAUAUAGAUGACAUUGAAGUUCACGGGCAUAAAAUUGUAUUUGCUGCUGGCUCUCCCUUCUUAAGAGAUCAGUUCUUAUUAAAUGACUCUAGAGAGGUAAAAAUCUCCAUACUGCAAAGUUCGGAAGUGGGGAGGCAGUUGCUUUUAUCCUGUUACAGUGGCAUUCUGGAGUUUCCUGAAAUGGAACUGGUAAACUAUUUGACUGCUGCAAGCUUUCUGCAGAUGAGCCAUAUUGUUGAACGAUGUACACAGGCACUCUGGAAGUUCAUAAAACCGAAGCAGCCGUUGGAGAGCAAGGAGGAGUGUGAACAGCAGAGCGACUCUUCUGAGUUGAAGGAACAUCAAGGAGAUGAAGACUCUCUACAACAAGAUUCACCUUGUAUUCAGCCUUCAGAAGACAGUAUGGACAUGGAGGACAGUGAUAUUCAGAUCAUCAAGGUGGAGUCUAUUGGGGAGGUAACAGAAGUUAGGAAUAAGAAAGAUCAGAACCAGUUUAUUUCUUCUGAACAAACUGCAUUGCAUUCAUCAGAGCCUCAACACUUUCUAAUCAACUCCACUGUUGAAAACAGAGCAAGCGAAAUGGAGCAAAACCACCUCCAUAACUAUGCCCUUUCAUACGCUGGCAGUGACAACAUCAUUCUGGCCUCUAAAGAUAUGUUUGGGCCUAAUAACCGAGGUAUAGACAAAGGUCUCCAAUGGCACCAUCAGUGUCCAAAGUGCACAAGAGUAUUUCGGCAUCUGGAAAACUAUGCUAAUCACUUAAAAAUGCAUAAACUAUUUAUGUGUCUUCUCUGUGGCAAGACAUUCACUCAGAAAGGCAAUCUCCAUCGGCACAUGAGAGUGCAUGCAGGCAUCAAACCUUUCCAAUGUAAGAUCUGUGGGAAAACGUUCUCUCAGAAAUGUUCCUUACAGGACCAUCUCAACCUGCACAGUGGGGACAAGCCCCAUAAAUGUAACUACUGUGACAUGGUUUUUGCGCAUAAACCUGUUUUGAGGAAACAUCUUAAACAGCUGCAUGGUAAAAAUAGCUUUGACAAUGCCAAUGAAAGAAACGUUCAAGAUAUAACAGUGGACUUUGAUUCAUUCACAUGUAGCACUGCUACAGACAGUAAGGUCUGUCAGCAAGCUGAUGCAAGCCAGGUACUGGAUGCAGGGAAACUGCCUCAGGCUGUGCUGAGUUUAAGAAAUGAUAGUACCUGCGUCAACUAAGCAAUUAAAAACAGCCCUUUGUAGGGAUCAUGAGUGAGAGGAGCAAACAGUUGGUUUGGGCUCUUACCUAAACUAGUGGUAUGCCCUGAGAGGCUACGGAUGGAUGGAUGGAUGGAUGGAGGGUUAGAUUGCAAAACCUGGCAGGUCUUCAGCCAUCGUUCGUAGUCUUACUUGAUAUCUUCUGUGAAUAACAAUCUUCCUUCAGGUUUCUGUCUGUGUCUCUACUGUGGAUUAUGGGGUUAAUUGCUUCAUUUCUCUCUGAUUAGGAGACUCAAGACUAACACCUUUUGAAAGACUGUUGCUGUGGGCUGCAAGUAAACCAUCUGCUGUACAGUUAGAGGCCUCUCUGUGUCUGGGCAGAUGGAGGAAAGAGCAAAGAGGACAAGUCUGUGAGAUAACCCAGUUGUUUUUUUUUUUUUUAAUUUUUGUUUUUUUAAGCACUGGAUAACUGAAAGCACUCCAUAUAGUUAAAUGCUAAUUUGUUUUAAACUUACCUGUUAAAAGUUACCUUUCUCUGAUCUUACCCUAGACCCCUACAGUGAAAAUGAAGUAUUUUUAUGUCACUUUUUUGCCCUUUCUAAACUAUUUCAAGAAACUCCUGUUGUCACUGAACACUACCUUAAAAGCUCUCAGGGUUUUUAACCUAGAUAUGCAUUAUAAAAAGAUAAAGCCCUGAAUGCUUUGGCAGGGUUAGUCGAUCAUUGCAUAGAACUGUUCAAAUUGAGAAUAAAUUGCAGCUCUGGAAUGCAUAAGGCUGGCUGCCUAGAGUCCAGGUGUGGCCUAUUUCUUAUGCUGUCAUACCUAGGAUUAUUCAAGGGCACUCACCGCUGUAUGUACUGAGACAAACGAAAAACUUCAAAACUAGACAUUAUUGUCUAUCUUCCAUAAAUUUUGCUUCAUAUAAACAAAAAAGAAUUGUUACUUUCAGAAUUGGUUUUAGAGCAAAGCUGGAGUGGAAAAAUACUACUUUUUGACACUGUGAAAAGAAUCUGUUUUAAAAGCUGCAAGGUAUAACUCCAUGCUUUUUUUUCUUUUUUCCCCCUCAGUUCUUGUGUGUCUGUCCUCGAUAUCUAAUAAGGGUCGCAUAUCAGUAAACUUGGGAAAAAAAAGCAAAGAAAAAACCUGCCGUAAGAACAUUAACGUAAAGGUUUUUUUGAUUUCCUGGACAUUCAAAGAAUGCAGGGUUUUUUUCGUUUUUUUUUUGGGGGG